GUGCUGGGAAUCCAAAUUGCAAACUUGCGAUUGUAAUGGGCAAAACCAAAAACUCCUCGACAUCCAGGUACAAGCAGCACAGCAUGGUUAUUGUUCCCAUGGACACUCCAGGGCUGGAGCUGAUAAGACCCCUCUCAGUAUUUGGCUACCUGGAUGAGCUCCAUGGAGGACACUUUGAGAUACACUUCAACAAUGUGCGAGUACCUGUCUCCAAUAUAAUACUGGGCGAGGGCCGGGGGUUUGAGAUCGCUCAGGGUCGGCUCGGGCCCGGCCGUAUCCAUCACUGCAUGAGGUGCCUCGGGGUGGCUGAAACCGCUUUGCAGAUCCUGUGCCAGCGGGCGGCACAGAGAGAGACUUUCGGGAAGAAGCUGUAUCACCACGAAGUUGUUGCCCACUGGAUCGCCGAGUGCCGCCUCAGCAUCGAACAGGCUCGGCUGCUCACGCUGAAAGCAGCCAGCAUCAUCGACAGGUUGGGCAACAGAAAAGCAAGAAAAGAG